UUUAAGCUGUGAAGACCAUGACCAACAUCACAAUAGUCUCCGCAUUCUCAGACAACUCCAGUACCGUCCAAACUACCGAUACACAGUCCAUAGACUCCAUCAUCGAAGUCGUCUGUAACAGAUACAUCGCACCUGUCAUCUGCGCCAUUGGAAUUAUAGGAAACAUCAUCAACUAUAUCGUCCUAUCAAAUAGAAGACUGAAAAAAGGUUCCUACAUGUAUCUGAAAGCAUUAACUCUCUUUGACCUUAUGGCGCUGUUAUUUUCUAUUCCAUACAUGCUGCUAGGUGUCGGAAGCACGGAUUAUUUCUGGAUAUGGUAUUCCUUGUACAUUUUCCUGCCUAUGGUGAAUUUUUUCACUACAUGUAGUAUAUGGAUUACGGUAGUUAUGGGAAUAGACAGAUUUUUCUUUGUGAGGAACCCAAAAUGGUCAAGGCGCAGGAAUUGGAAAUUAAAGACACAGAUCAAGAUUUUUGCAGUAAUUACAUUUGCGGUCAUAAUUUGUGUUCCAAAAUUUUUUUGCUAUGAAAUUCUCGAAGAGGGCGAAAUAACAAGGAUCAAAGAUUCCGAAUUUCGCCAAAGUCUGUUUUACCAUUACAUGGAGAUAAUUUCCACCGGCGCCCUUCAUUUUGUUCCUUUAUUCAUCUUGUCUGUGGUCAAUGUAUAUUUGGUUAAAAAGCUUCAAUCUGCCGCAAAUGUCAGAAAAUUGACUUCCAACAUAAACCAUGAUGUAGAGCUGCAAAGGUCACAGAGAAUAUUUACAGUGACCCUUGUCAGUAUCGUCAUCCUCUCGAUCAUGUUCAUACUUCCGGCGUCAAUUGUCGACAUUUUUUGGUAUGUUGAUGAUAACUUUCCACAUGUUAGAAGCAUGAGAAACAUUUCAAAUCUAUUGCUAUGGUGCAAUCUCUCCAUCAACUGCUUUUUAUACUGUAUAUUUAAUCGACAGUAUCUUCAAGUUUUUAAGUACGUGAUAGACAGAGGAUGUGAUCGAGUUAGACGAUCGCCGACAAGGUCCACGGAGAUUCAAAUGGCUUAGAACUAAAGAGCGCAUUUCAUUAUCAACAGCAAUAUGUGCACUGUAAUGUUGCAUUCCUUUAACGUACAAUAUCAAAACUUUUUUUUUUUUACAUUAGUGAACUAUAACACAAA